AUGGCAGCAGUCGACUGCCCCAUCUGCAACAAGCCCGUCAAGGAGGCGCUAAUCAACUCCCACAUCGACUCGGGCUGCGAGAGCCACAUCUUCAACCCCGAGCGCACCUCGUCCCCUCCCGCAGCGACCCAGGCCAACGGUAGUUCGAAGCUCUCUUCGUCCCAGGCCAAGCGCCCAGCCUCCUCCUUCUUCCAGACCCCUUCUGCGAAGCGCCAUGCCCCUCCGACCAAGGUCCUCACCACCCCCGCCAACGGAGGCGGUACGACCCGCCCGACGGCUGGCGUGAAACGCAGCUAUGACGACGGCCCCGGCGCCGAGCCCUCCCCUUUCGCCAUGGCCAAUACCGCCGACACGGACAGCGACGCGGCCGAGCAACAGCAGCAGCAGCAGCCCGAGACCGGUCCCGUGGCGAAGCGCGCAAAGACGGCCCGCGCCGCGCCCCUCGCCGAGCGCAUGCGGCCCAGGACCCUCGACGAGGUCUGUGGCCAGGACCUCGUCGGCCCCCAUGGCGUGCUGCGCUCCCUCAUCGAGUCGGACCGCGUGCCCUCCAUGAUCCUCUGGGGCGGCUCCGGCACGGGCAAGACGACCAUCGCGCGCUGCAUCGCGCAGAGCGUCGGCUCGCGCUUCAUCGAGAUGAACGCCACCUCGUCGGGCGUCGCCGAGUGCAAGAAGCUGUUCGCCGAGGCCGCCAACGAGUUGGCGCUGACGGGGCGUAAGACCAUCAUCUUCUGCGACGAGAUCCACCGCUUCUCCAAGUCGCAGCAGGACGUCUUCCUUAAGCCCGUCGAGGCCGGCACCAUCACCCUCAUCGGCGCGACGACGGAGAACCCCAGCUUCCGCGUGCAGCAGGCGCUGCUGUCUCGCUGCCGGACCUUCACGCUGUCCAAGCUCGCCAACGAGGACGUGGCGCGCAUCCUGCUGCGCGCCAUCAGCGAGGAGACACGGGUCGGCAACUACCCGGGGAGCCCGCUCGUCGACGGCGAGCUCGUGACGUACCUCGCCGCCUUCUCGGACGGCGACGCCCGCACGGCACUGAACCUGCUCGAGCUUGCGCUGUCACUCUCGACGCGGCCGGAGGCCACCAAGGAGGACAUCAAGGCGUCGCUGACCAAGACCCUCGUGUACGACCGCGCAGGCGACCAGCACUACGACACCAUCUCGGCCUUCCACAAGGCCGUCCGCGGCUCCGACCCGGACGCCGCGCUCUACUAUCUCGCGCGCAUGCUGCAGUCGGGCGAGGACCCGCUCUUCGUCGCGCGCCGCAUGGUCGUCAUCGCCUCUGAGGACGUCGGUCUCGCCGACAACACGCUCCUGCCGCUCGCGACGGCCGCCUACACGGCCGCGCAGCAGAUCGGCAUGCCCGAGGCCCGGAUCCCGCUGGCCCACUGCGCCGUCGCGCUGAGCCUCGCGCCCAAGAGCACCCGGGCCUACCGCGGGCUGAACAACGCCUACGCCGCGCUGCGGGAGCCCGGCGUCGCGGCCCUGCCGGUCCCGCUGCACCUGCGCAACGCGCCGACGCGGCUAAUGCGCGAGAUGGGCUACGGCGCCGAGUACAAGUACCCGCCCAACUACAGGGGUGGCAGGGUCCGCCAGGAGUACCUGCCGGACGAGCUCGUCGGGCGGCGGUUCCUGGAGGACAGGGACCUGGGGACCGAGGUCGAUCCGGACCUGGAGAUGGAAACGGAGACGUGA